GCUGAACGAUAUAUCGUUAUCGUAUCUAUAUCUAGAUAUGAACUUUCAAGAUAUUACUAUCGAAAACCCAACGAUAUAGACGAUAGAUUUUCCCCUCUCCGCGCUUGCCCCGCCCUGCAUACAACUCUGGCAGUCACACAACGAGCAUCAGUUUUACGAGUGCCCUGGCUUGAAUGCACCGCUAAAGACAGCGCGCACACACUACAGAGACAGCGGAGAAAUUAAAAAGAAAGAAAAUGAGUGCGGGAGAUAAUGCGGCAGGUGGUAGUGCAUCUGACUUGGUGCCAAAACAUAAAUCAUCUUCCAUUAUUUGGAGGUAUUUUGGAUUCAGAAAAGACGAUGUAAACCAGAGUGACGUGUUGUGCAGGUCGUGCUUAACAAAAAUUGCGACUAAGCAAGGUAGCACAACAAACAUGUUUCACCACCUGAAACAACACCAUCGCGUGCUGCAUGAAGAGUGCAUGAAACUGAGAGAAACACCGGGGACUUCUCAGUCAUCCCAAAAUAAGCCAAAGCAAAGUUUGAUUGCUGACGCGUUCAGUAGCGUUACGCCGUACGAGUCGACGUCCACCAGACACAAAGAAAUUACAGACGCUAUAACAUACCACAUUGCAAAAGACAUGGUACCCGUGUACACAGUCUCAAAAGAAGGCUUUAAAAAAAUGGUUCGGACGCUGGACAAGCGUUAUAAAAUACCAUCCCGAACACAUUUUAAUCAAGUGGCCAUCCCGAAACUUUAUAAUGAGUGUAAAAUGAGUGUUGAAUCCGAGCUCCGUGAAAUCGAUCAUUUCGCCACAACCACGGACCUGUGGACGAGCCGGACAACUGAACCGUACAUAAGUUUAACAGUCCAUUUUAUCACACCAAACUUCGAACUCAAGACCCACUGUCUGCAGACAUCAUUCUUCCCCGCGGAGCAUACCGGGGAUAAUAUAGCAGAGGAGAUGAGAGGUGCGUUAGCAGACUGGAACUUAAAGGAGGACCAACAAGUUUGCGUGACGACAGAUAAUGCGUCGAAUAUGAUAAAGGCUAUGGAGGUGAAUGGCUGGACGCGCCUUCAGUGCUUCGGACACAGGCUACACCUGGCAAUAGAAAACGCAGUGAAAGGUGACAGCCGGAUCAGCCGUGCAACAGGUGUCUGCAAAAAGUUGGUGUGCCACUUCUCACAUAGCUGGAAAAAGAGAGUGGCACUUGAGCAAGCCCAGAAGCGCCUCAACCUUCCAGUCCACGAACUCAUCACUGAGUGUCAAACUAGAUGGGGGUCUAGGGUGCUCAUGAUUAACAGGAUUCUGGAGCAGCAGAAAGCACUCCACGAAGUCCUCUCAGAGGACAGAAACACCCGACACCUAAUUCUUGGAUAUCAAGAUCUGGAUGUGCUGGAGUCAGUCAGCAAGGCACUGGGACCACUGCUUGAAUUCACGGAUGCUCUGUCAGGGGAGGAUUACGUUAGUGUCUCACACAUCAAACCAGUACUCAGCCUGUUUAACACAACCAUCUUGGCACCAGUGGAGGGUGAUACAGACAUGACCAAGUCCUUAAAAAAGAAAAUUUUGGAGUACUUGAACAGCAAGUAUGAAGAGAGAGUUACACAAGAGCUCUUGGAUGUGGCAUCCUUUUUAGAUCCAAGAUACAAGACACAAUACAUCAGUGUCAACGACGUCCCCAUCAUCAAAGCCAGACUGGUGUCGGAGAUGAAGAUGAUGGAACACAAGCAUUCUGUUGAGUGCAGAGAGACCAGAGUGGAAGAAGUUUCAACCCCACCCACCAAAAAGGCUAAGAAGUCGUUGGGAAGUUUCUUUAAAAGAUCCACCGCAAGUGCAACAGUACCAAUCGAUCCCACUGCUGCCAUAGAAGCUGAGCUGAAUGCCUACAUCCAGGCCCCCACAAUUGACAACGACGAGGACCCCCUUCUGUGGUGGAGAUUAACUCACAAAGUCAACUUUCCCCGGCUCAGCAACAUGGCAAGAAAAUACUUGUGCAUGCAGGCCACCAGCUCUCCCUCAGAGAGAAUUUUUAGUGCAUCAGGCAACAUUGUGAGUUGUCAGAGGUCCUGUCUGAAGCCAGACAUGGUUAACAAGCUAGUGUUCCUGGCAAAGAAUCUGUAG